AUAAAAUAAAAAAAACAGCUACAUACACAGCUAGAUAACUUUUCCAAUUACAAAUUGACUAAAAAUAACUUUAACUAGUCAGAAACCCAAGUAUUAAAUCAAAGGCAAGUGGGUUUUUCUUUAUUUCUCAUUAUGGCAUUUCAAUAUGAUGAUCCCUAUACAUGCAUUUUUCUUGUGUAUAUAUAUAGUGAGGUCUUAUGGAUCCGUACAUAUUUUAAACUGAGAAAAUGGGUAUUGCUAACAGUGCCAGGUUCCUUUUUGUAAGCUUUUUAGUUACUUGGGUUCUAAGCCUUGGAGUUGAAGAUGUGAAUGGUGAUGUAGUUCCUUGUAAAUAUCCAGCAAUUUUCAAUUUUGGAGACUCAAAUUCAGAUACAGGCUCUAUGUCAGCUGCAUUUUACCCAAGACCAGCUCCCAAUGGUGUAACUUUCUUUCACAGUCCAGCUGGAAGAGUUGGUGAUGGCCGUUUAAUCGUUGAUUUCAUUGCAAAGUACUUCAAAUUGCCUUACUUGAGCCCAUAUUUGGAUUCAUUUGGGACCAAAUUCAGACAUGGUGCCAACUUUGCCACUGGAGGAGCCACUAUCAGGCGCUCAAAUGAUUCUUUGUUUAUAAGUGGUAUUAGCCCAUUUCCACUUGAAAUCCAAACUGUGCAAUACUCCAACUUCAAGAACCGGACCACCAAGCUUUACAGCCAAGCCAAGAGAAGCUCAGAUAUAAGAAAGAACUAUCCAAGACCAGAAGACUUCUCAAAGUCUCUUUUCAUAGUUGAUAUCGGGCAAAACGACCUUGCUGCAGGUUUCCGGACUAUGAUGACUAAUGAAAAACUUCUAGCAGAAAUCCCUGAUAUGAUGAAUCUGUUCUCUUUAGGCAUCCAAUUUCUGUACCAACAAGGAGCAAGGACGUUUUGGAUACAUAACACAGGCCCCAUUGGUUGCUUGCCAUCGACCCUGUUCGACAUCCAGAAUCCAGCCCCUGGUUUUCUUGAUGGCAUUGGUUGUAUCAAGUAUCAAAACGACAUGGCAAAAGAGUUCAAUAGGCAGCUGAAGAGAAAAGUCAGUGAACUAAGGGCACAGCUUCCUCUUGCUGCAUUAACAUAUGUGGAUAUGUACGCUGCAAAGUACAGUUUGAUCAGCAAUGCAAAGAAACUAGGAUUUUACGAAAACUUGAAUAUCUGCUGUGGUUCCUUUAAAGAUGGUGUUCGUAAAUAUUGUGGGAAUAAUUUUCUAAAGAAUGGUACUCAAUUUUUUGUUGAUCCAUGUAAAGAUCCUUCCAUGCAUAUCAGUUGGGAUGGUAUACACUACACUGAGGCUGCAAAUCGCUGGAUUACUAACCAAAUAAUAAAGGGUUCCUUCUCUGACCCAAAGUUUCCCAUCUCAAAAGCAUGUUAUAGGCACUAAUCUGUGUAAAUAUACUAACAUCAUCCAUUCAUUGAUGUCCAUCUUUAAUUUGAUGUCAUUGGAUUUCUUGGUUUUUCAAGCAACCAAACAAAAAGAGGAAGAAGAAAGAAGAGCUAUAGGCAAUUCUACAAGUGUGUUAGUGAAUUAUAAAACAUUUUGCAAUGAAUGAAAUGUUAUAUAAUAUGUAAAAUGGCUAUUCUUGUGUUUUGGGCUAUGAAUCUUCUCACUUGGACUGUGAAAUGUACUAUGAAAUUAUAAAGAAAUAGAUUUAAAUGCAGAUUUUUUUUUAUAUGGUAACAGCUAAAUGAAAGAAGAUAAUGUGAGAUUUGCCCCGUUAAUAACGCAAAAGCAAGUUCCACCCAUCUUUGUUUUGUCCAAUUACAGCAGAAAACGACA